UGUGCAGUCUCGGUAGCGGCGGUGACCCACAGUGAUUUGGCUGCUGCGCCGGGGGGUGGGGGGUUGCGCGGGACUCUUUUCUCUCAGACUGACCGCGGGGCAGCUGGGGAGCAUGUCGACCCCGGCCCGGAGGAGGCUCAUGCGGGAUUUCAAGCGAUUGCAAGAGGACCCACCUGUGGGUGUCAGUGGUGCACCAUCCGAAAACAACAUCAUGCAGUGGAAUGCAGUUAUAUUUGGACCAGAAGGGACACCCUUUGAAGAUGGUACUUUUAAACUAGUAAUAGAAUUUUCUGAAGAAUAUCCAAAUAAACCACCAACUGUUAGGUUCUUAUCCAAAAUGUUUCAUCCAAAUGUGUAUGCUGACGGUAGCAUAUGUUUAGAUAUCCUUCAGAAUCGAUGGAGUCCAACAUAUGAUGUAUCUUCUAUCUUAACAUCAAUUCAGUCUUUGCUGGAUGAACCAAAUCCAAACAGUCCAGCUAAUAGCCAGGCAGCACAGCUUUAUCAGGAAAACAAACGAGAAUAUGAGAAAAGAGUUUCGGCCAUUGUUGAACAAAGCUGGAAUGAUUCAUAAUAGACAACUGGUCUGUUAAUCUUUUUCAUCAUUGUUGUGUAUAAUUUACCUCUCAGUAGAAAGGCUAAUAAAUUUUAAGUGCCACAAGUUUUAAGGAUUCGGCAGAAAAAAAAAAAAUCUUCAGUUUAGAACCCACAGAAGCUUGUGUAUCUUGAUUAAUGUACUUUUUAUUGCAUGGUAUGAACUAAGUUAUUGCUGCAUAAAUUUGUAAUAUAUCCUGUUUGUAUUUUUUUCCAAGUGUAUAAUGUUGGUGUGGAGUUUUCAUGACAGAAUAUACACAUUUUGUAAAUCUGUACUUUUUUCAAAUAUUGAAUGCCUUAUUUUUGAAUUCUUUAGAUUUUUAAAUUGGAGAAAAGCACUUAAAGUUUUUUAUAUAUGAAUAUUACAUGUAAAGCUGUUAAAAUACAUAACUUCAGUGCAAGAGACUUUGUCACUUAUUUCCUUAUCUGUAGGAGGGGUUAAUAAGUCUCUAGCUCUCCAUCAAUUGUCAAUUGAUAGUUUCAUUUCCAAUUUCAAAAGAACAUAUUUAUAGUUUAUCAAGAAAAUCUUCAAGUUUGAUUCAAAAUACCAAUAAUCUCCAACUUUAUUUUGAAUGUACCUACAUUAGUUUCAAUUGAGUAGUAUAGACAUAAUUGGUUUGAUUCUGUCCAACUCUAUAUUUAUGCCACUUGUUGUAGUUUCUUCAUGCAUUACUUACUGUUAAACUGUACCUUUUGCUGUUUCACAAUUGGCACCUCUGUUGGAGCAGAGAAGUGGUGCCACUUAUUUUGCUGCUUCAUAGCACUUUAAAAGAUUUUUUGAUUAAUGAAGAAAGUCAAACCAUAAACACUACCAAAAUUCCAUGCCCCAGUAUUAGCAAUGAAUUGGUUGCAUUGGCUUGAGCAAGGCAGAUGUUUGGAAGGAAUUUUGGUGUAAUUUAAAUAUUUGAAACCUAUGUUUUAAUGCAAUCGCAUAUCUGUUUAUUCUAGGAAAAUGUUUUAACACCAGGGCCUGCUGAGUUGCUUUCUCUUGUGGAGAUUUUUUUUUUAAUCUCCUAAAUUAUAUAAAAGUUGUACUGCAUCUUAGUUUGCUGGAUAAAUUUAAAACACAGUAUUGUAGAAAGCUAAUACAAAGCUAUCCUAUGCCUUCAAAUAGUACAGAAAAUGGAAAAUACACAAGUAAAUUCUGUUGAACCACCCGUGUAGUCUCUCUAGUAGUUAAAACAGCUGUUUUAGUAACCCCAAGAGUUUCUUGUUAUAUUUAUACCAACCUCCUGGGAAUAAGCUAACAGUUGCCUCUAUAUUGGAAGACUGGGUUGCAGGAUGCCAGUAUCUACACCUUCUAAUGAUUAAGCAGACUUUAACACUGGAAUGGAUAGGUGCUGAUGUUUCCCUUUAAAAGUUGUUACUUGGCAAAUUUUGGGGUAUGUGAUCUUAGGGAACUUUGAUACAAAUGGGAGUUCACUCAGUAAAAUCAUGACCAAAAAAGAGAUGCUUUUUUUAAAGGUACUUUAUGGUCAUAUUAAAUGUGUGAUGCUUUUAUGGUUUAGCUCUAAAACAAAUUAUAGACAUUUACUCCAGUGACUUCUAGAUUAAAUACACAGUAGCUAUGAGGGUUUCAAGUAUUGAUAGAUAAUUAUAGGGGAGUUACAUUUUACUUUGCAGGGAGGUCAGUGAGCUCUGAAUCCUAAAUGCAGCACAUGCAUAAAAUUCAUACCUAAUCCACAUUCCUUUUGGAGAAAAUCUUUAGGAGGGUUCUUUCUCUUAGUAACUCCUCACUGUUUUUUCUUUAAACCUUGGAACAGAUUCCUAUUUCUUUGGUUGUAUAUCAGAUGUAAACCUUGGACUUACAAGGUUAUGUCAUACAAAAAAUGUUUACUUUUAAACUCUAAGUAAAUUUUUUUUUUUAUAAAUGUAUGGUAUGGCAAGAAGCUAGAACUAAGAUGUUUUGAUACAAAGUUGGAUUGUUGGAUUCACGUUAAAAUUUAAAUGCAUUUGUGAUGCAAUUCCUCUGUAACAAUACCUCUAGCAUAGAACAAUCUGUGCAAGGCACUAUUCUGAGCACUUUAACAUAUAUUAUUUCAUUUCAAAAGCACAGUAAUCCUAUGAGGGUAGGUACUAUUAUAGAUAAGAAAACUAGGCACUGAGAGAUGAAGUGACUUGCUCAAAGUCAACCAGCUAGUAAGUGAGAAAGUUGGGAUUUUUAACCCGUAACUGUACUAUCCCUUAAGAGAUAUUAAGGGAUUGAGUUUAGUUUUGGAAAUUCUACUGAACUUAAAUAUCCCAAUUUGUGGAAAUACUUUAGUUAAUUUAGAGUUAUACACAAACUUGUAUCUAUCCAGUGAGAUUUUCUUGACCACCAUUUUCCACCUCUUUUUUUUUUUUUUUUUUUUUAAUGUAACAAGUCUGGAUAUAGGCACACUUUCUGGUCUCUAAUAUAAAGGACUAUUACUUAUCAAUAAACCACAUUUUUCUCCCUUCCUGGAAA